AUGUUAAGUGUAACGAAUAAAGUUGCUUUUAUCGACGUCAAACCAGGUGAGUUUGAACAGAUUAUUAAAAUUUUAGAAACUCGGAUUCACAACGGGAGACUCCAAAGUGAGCCCAUUCGUGCAUUUACAACGAAAGUGACCGCAACAUCGCCAUAUUUAUAUACUUUACACUCGAAGUAUGGCACUGCAACUCUCGAACUUGUUCCGAUGUCUGGAAUACCAAAUGGGAAAGGAAAUGAAUGGGGCGGAUAUGUUUGUGAUGAGACUACUGCACGAUUUGAGAGUAUUAAAAACUUUUGUAACAGUGAGUUGUGUUUGGUUAUAGGUGAUGGUAAGCAGUUUGAUUGGUGUAUUGACAAUUCAAUUGAAUAUGUCAACCGACAAGAUGUAGGCGACGAGAGCAAUGCGGAGGGUAUUGACAGAAUAGCUGAGGCUAUAGUGAAUAGUCCUUGGUCUUACAACACACAACCAGACUCGACCCAGAAAGAAGAGAAAGUUGUUCCUGAAACAGUAGAAGACAAGAAGAGUCCUCUUUCAAGUGAUUCCCAACAGAAUAAAAUUGAAAAUGAUAACUUUGAAAUGAUAUUAAUGAAACUCGUUCAAUACAAACAAAAAGCAUCAACUGCCAAAACCAAUGAAGAGCGACGAAAAUAUGCUGAAGAGGCUGCUUUGAUAAUGGCGCAAUACUUGGGAGACUCAGAGAGUGAUUCUGAACAACAAUAA